CCAACACUAGGUAACACAUGUGGAUGGACAACAGUUGACAGCUGAUUUUGCAAUUUCAAAAAGACCGUGGUGACUCUGUGACAAGCCACCAUGGAUAAAUUUUCAAAUUUAAGAAUAAAUGAAGAGUUCACUGAAAAGUCCAAAGUGCUAAGCGACGCAGAAGCUCAAUUGCUGGCGGAACAAGAUAAGCGACUGGUCCCCGAAUUUAAGGCCAACAAACUGGAAAUAGAUGCACAGCGUCAUUGGGACAUUUUUUACAAACGCAAUGAGACGAGGUUCUUCAAAGAUAGACAUUGGACGACGCGUGAGUUCGAAGAGCUGUUAGCUGAGAGCGGUGAAACAGACAACAAUAGACCAGGACGAAGGCGCGUUCUCCUGGAAGUGGGAUGCGGUGUAGGCAAUUUGGUAUUUCCCCUCCUCGAGGAGCAACUCAGCAGAAUGAAAGACCAACAUACAGCAGAGGAUAGUAAUGGUUUCUACUUCUAUGCCUGCGAUUUUUCGCCUCGAGCCGUUGAAUUUGUGAAAAAUCAUGCGUUGUAUGAUGUCAAGCAUAUUACAGCCUUUCAGUGCGACAUUACAACGGAGCAAGUGCAUCAACACAUAUCCCUGGAAAGUUUGGAUAUAUGCACCAUGAUUUUUGUGCUGUCUGCAAUUCAUCCGAAUAAGUUUGAAAAAGUUAUUCAAAAUUUAGCCAAAGUCUUAAAGCCAGGCGGGUUAGUUCUAUUUCGAGAUUACGGUCUAUACGACAUGGCCCAACUUCGCUUUAAGCCCGGCAAUAAGAUCUCCAAUAAUCUAUAUAUGCGCCAGGAUGGCACACGCAGUUACUAUUUUGCCCAGGACGAAGUCUCCCAGCUUUUUGUGAAUUGUGGCUUUGAUGUUAUCAGUAAUCACUAUGUUAAUAGACGCACACUCAAUGUUAAAGAGGGAAUAGAUGUCCCUCGCAUAUUUUUGCAGGGUGAGUUCAGGAGACGUUAGAUUGAGAAUCAAACCAACAUAUUAUUUAUGUAUAGUAUAUGUUUUAUUUGAAAUCAUUAACAUGGUUUAGCUUUAAGUCAACAUUCAAUAAAUAUUUUCUGUAUAUUUGUGGAUUAGUUCAAAUAAAUGGACACAAAACAAGA